GUCCGUAUCAUCUUAGCUCUGCGCGGUAUCUAGACGUUUGGCCGUCUGGGACAUUGUGCAUGGUCUGCCGACCAGAGUCGGGAUCCCACUCUGUCUCUCCGCACCCGUUGGGGCUCAAAGGCUUGAGGCGCGAGCGCGAGCGCUCGCGGCGGAUGGCAGGGGCUUUCUGGAUCGCGAGGCUGCAGGCGGUGGGGCUGGUCACUUAGCCAUGCUAGCCAGUGUCCCGCGGCGGAGGCAGGGGCUUGCAGCUUGCUGAGUCCCAGCGGGCUGGUGUCCUUUCUCCUCGGGCGGCUCGUCGUCGCCAGCGUCACUUCGGGGCUCGUGGUGCUCGUGACGCGAUGGGUUGUGACGGCGGGCGGGUGGGCGAUGUGGUGGAGCUCGCCAGGGCGGCGACGGUCACCAACGACUCGAUAAUGGGACUGGCGCUCCUCUCGAAUGUCUCGCGGGGGUUCGUGGAGCGGCUCCGCGAAGGUGAGGCGCGGGGCGAGUGCCUCAGUCGGACGGCAGGUCGCCGUGGAGACUCAGAGAAUGGACUUGACUCCCGCGCGCUGCCCGUCGCCCGCAACACUUCGCGUGUGCGACAGAGGUUCUGGAGAGAGACGGUGGCCAACAUGUCGCAGGUCGCGUUCAGUGAGUGGUUGCUCCCUUGCCCUCGAACCGUUGACUGGCGCACCAGCUUCGCGGCGCCGUUGGCGGGUGACAUCUCCGCGCGCAGGUCUCGGAGUUCCACUGCACGAAGAGGGGCAGGGCCAGCGCCGGCAGGGAUCGGGGGCCAGGGCUGUCGCGUAAGCGGGUAGCUUAUUUCGCGGGGGCCCGUCGGCUCGGCGGGCAGGCGGUGAUCUGCCCGGAGCCGGUCGAGCGGGCGU